AUGGAAGCUGCCGUCGGGACCUUCGGAACAAUAAAUAGAUCCGCAAGUUUUUUCAUCUACGAAGUGUCCCUUUCCGGUACACGGAUUGGUGGUUGGCUCUUUAGAAUAGUCACUAUCGGAUUGUAUUCCUUGUUGUUUGAUAACCCUUUACUACCCUUUUCUGCACCAACGUCAACGCUUUCCGGUAUUUCUUCUUCAGGAUUACCAUCAGCAACUACUUCGCUAGAAGCGCCAAAAAUUGCAUCAGCUGCAACAUAUGGAAAAAUGAAGUUAUCAUCGGAAGGGUAGGCCGCGGCCAAACAAAGAGUCGCCAGAAGAAUAAUGAAACGCAU